AUGUCUGCAUGCGUGAAAGCCUGUGUUUGGCUUGCUGAAGGUAGUGAGAUGUCCAGAACUUCCUUUGUUGUUGAUGAAGUCAGUAACAUCAUAAAAGAGGCCAUAGAAACUGCAAUUGGCGGCAAUGCCUACCAGCACAGCAAAGUAAACCAGUGGACAACAAGUGUGGUGGAACAAACUCUGAGCCAACUCACAAAGCUGGGAAAACCUUUCAAGUAUAUUGUGACCUGUGUAAUUAUGCAAAAGAAUGGUGCUGGAUUACAUACAGCAAGCUCUUGCUUCUGGGAUAACUCCAGUGAUGGAAACUGCACUGUGAGAUGGGAGAAUAAGACUAUGUACUGUAUUGUCAGUGCCUUUGGACUUGCAAUAUAAUUGCCUUGGAAUUAUUCAUCCUUCUACUCUUUUCUACUUCAGCACUGUAUUCCAUCUCUACUCAAGCUGUGAAUACACUGAACAACUUCGGUUUUUAAUGUUAUUUUUAAGUACCUUUUUUCAAAUGUAGAAAUGUGAAAACAUGCUGUUACAUGGAUUAUGUUUGUACUUAGUAUCAUACCAGUGUUGCCAUGCUGUCUUAACACUUCAAGGACUCUUCUUCAAGGUGCUAAUACUGAGAUCUGCUGCAGUGUAAACACUUUCUCUAGAUUUCUUCUUUAAGAUGAAUUUGAAUAAGACACUGACUUUCACACUUUGUACUCUUGGUUAGCAUUAAAUUAUUGACAUUCAUAA